AUGGCUUCCACGAUGCUCCAAAACGACACAACAGAGAAAUUUGUGGUCGACCAAGAAAACACCGCACAGAAUGCCACGAGGGAGACAGAUCCCCACCGAUUGGAGCAGCGCUUGAGGCAGAUUACGUAUGGGAAGAACACCCUGGGAUAUGCCAGCUACACCAAAGCUGUUCCCAAGGACAAGCGAAAGCGAGCAAAGAAGGGUGAGGAGAACACGCAUCCCGUCACUCCGGACAUACAUCAGAUGUGCAGCAAGCGGGCUUUUGACGGCCAGGUAAGGAAGUGGAGGAGACAGCUGCACUUCUGGGACCCCAAGCCGGAGGGGGACGAGAUCAAAAUCGAGGUGGUGAACGAGUACGCAGCAUCAGAGGAGGAGGCGCUGCCGGUGGCGCGGCUGGGGACGCCGCUCAGAGACGACAGCCUGGAUGCUGAGCUCGACGGGGGGUCCAGGCAGGACAACCCCAGCAGCAGCGCCAUCCCAGGGCUGUCCACCGGCAGCAAGCGAGAUACUGUGUCCGGCUCAGUCAGCCAGCCCACGGAGGUAAGCCAGGCGAAUGCCACCUCGAAGCGGCAGAGGACAGUCUCUGCGACCGAAGGGCCUCAGAAGAGCGCACCAGCCUCCAUCUAUGACGACUGGGAAGAUGAUUGCGUGAUUGUUCCCCGCCCCUGA